AUGGCGCCGCAACUCAUAUUCGGCACGGCCACUUUUGGCAUGGACAUGACCGAGUUCCAAGACCCAGAAUCCGUCAAAUCCAUUCUCGACACUGCCCAAGAACUGGGCAUCCGGCGUCUGGACACUGGAGCCCGGUACCCACCGCGAAACCCGGGAAGAUCGGAGGAGCUCAUCGGCGAGACCAAGGCACUCCUCAGGGAUGGAAGUGGCUUUGCCGUCGAUACCAAAGUUUACACCAAUGUACAGACCGAUGGCAGUGGUGAUCUCACUCAAGAAGCGGUGGCAGCCUCGAUAGUUGCGAGUUUGAAGCGUCUCCAGCGGCCGGAGGGGGUAAAUACUCUUUAUGCGCAUCGUGCGGAUCCUUCUACACCGUUGGAAGACCAGAUCAGGGCAUUCAACCAGCAGAUCAAGGACGGCCGGUGCAAGGCUUGGGGGGUUUCAAACGUUCCGCCCGAAAUGCUCGAGGAAAUUCUUCGAAUAUGCGACGAAAAGGGCUUGCAGAAGCCAAGCUGCUAUCAGGGAGACUACAAUUUGGCCACGCGCGGUAUGGAAACGAAGCUGCUGCCUAUCCUGCGUGCUCACGGCAUGUCAUUUAACGCGUUCCGAGCACUCGCGGCAGGCUUCUUGACCGGCCGUGUUGCCGAGAACCAAGUCGCGGGUACUCGCUUCGCCAACAAUAACCCCCUUGGCCAGGCGAUGCAGAACCUAUUCGGCUCUGAGAAACUGAUUGCUGCUCUGAAGCAGUUUAACCAGGAGGUUACGGCCCAGAACCUCAAGCCGGUUGAGGUUGCCAUUCGCUGGAUCGUCUACCACUCGGCUCUCAGUGAGCAAGACGGGGUCUUGCUUGGGGCGAGCAGGACCGAGCAGCUGCGCGACACUGUUGGCAUGAUCAAGAAAGGGCCGUUGCCGGUGGAGGUGCUGAAGAAUACGGAAGACUUUUGGCUUGCUGUGAAGGAUAUUCGAGGCAGUAUCAUCUAG